CCGGGGCAAAUCCUAGCCGUACUUGGCCCCUCCGGCAGCGGCAAAUCUACUCUACUAAAUGCACUCGCCGGCCGCCUUCAUCAUGGUCACGGCCUCUCUGGAAAAGUUCUUGCUAACGACAGGAAAUUAACCAAACCGGUCCUGAAAAAAACCGGCUUUGUUUCACAAGACGAUGUUCUCUUCCCCCACUUGACAGUCCGAGAAACUCUCAUCUUUUGUUCACUUUUAAGGUUGCCAAAUUCUAUGUCCAAAAAAGACAAAAUCUCCACUGCAGAAUCUGUUAUACGAGAAUUGGGUUUGGUUAAAUGCGAAACUACAAUUGUCGGCAACAGUUUGAUACGAGGAAUCUCCGGUGGAGAAAGAAAGAGAGUUAGCAUAGCACAUGAAAUGCUGGUGAAUCCAAGUUUAUUGAUUCUAGACGAACCCACAUCGGGAUUGGACUCGACGGCGGCGUUCCGGCUGGUGGAGACGCUGGCGGCGAUGGUAGCGGGGAAAGGGAAGACGGUGGUGACGUCUGUGCAUCAGCCGUCGAGCCGGGUUUAUCAGAUGUUUGAUCUGGUACUGGUUUUGUCUGAAGGGAGAUGUAUUUACUUUGGUAAAGGGAAUGAGGCAAUGAACUAUUUUGGGUCAGUUGGGUUUUCGCCGUCCUUUGCCAUGAAUCCAGCUGAUUUUCUGCUUGAUCUCGCUAAUGGUACGCAAUCUUUGUCUCUAUACAUGUAUACAUUCGUUAUCGUGUCAUGUCGAGUCAAAACUGUCAAGUUAAUUAUUGUUUUAGGCAUGACGGUAGCUCGACAUACCUAAAAUAUUAUGUACUCAUGUCAGCUAGACUUGAACUAGAUCUGUAGGUUCGAGUGAGGCUCACGAGCUUUAAUUUUAACAAUAAUAUUUAGUGAUUUUAAUGCAUCUUUAGGUUUUUAAUAACAUAUCCACUCUCGUGUGGGCGAUUAGCCCGUGUAGUCGAGCUAGUGCAACCCUAUUACAGAACCAGUUAUCUUACAUAUCUUGACACCCGUAUGCACAAUGCAUGUGUCUAGUUGUCAUCAUCUUACCUCAAGUUUAGAUUGUAGAUUCUUUCUCAUAUUCCAGGAAAUUAAACAUGAUUGGUUAAUAGAGUAUACAAGAAAGACAUAAUGAAAAAUGU